CGCCGGGCCGCCACCGGAGCAGCGCGGCGCACACGGACCGACGGACGGACAGUCGUGCCGGCCCCUCCCAACCUCCCGCCCGCCCGUCCAGGGCGCCACUCGCGGCCGCGGGCCCGGGAGCGAUGACAUCGACGGGGAAGGAAGGCGGCGGCGGCGGGGCACAGCACGCGCAGUAUGUGGGGCCCUAUCGGCUGGAGAAGACGCUGGGCAAGGGGCAGACAGGCCUGGUGAAGCUAGGAGUUCACUGUGUCACGUGCCAAAAGGUCGCCAUCAAAAUUGUCAACCGUGAGAAGCUCAGCGAGUCUGUACUGAUGAAGGUGGAGCGGGAGAUAGCCAUCCUCAAGCUCAUAGAGCACCCGCAUGUCCUCAAGCUGCACGACGUUUAUGAAAAUAAAAAAUAUUUGUACCUGGUGCUAGAACACGUGUCUGGUGGGGAGCUGUUUGACUACCUUGUGAAAAAGGGGAGGCUGACCCCCAAAGAGGCUCGCAAGUUCUUCCGACAGAUCAUCUCAGCGCUGGAUUUCUGUCAUAGUCACUCCAUAUGCCACAGGGAUCUGAAACCAGAAAACCUUCUUUUGGACGAGAAGAAUAACAUCCGCAUCGCCGACUUCGGCAUGGCGUCGCUGCAGGUUGGCGACAGCCUGCUGGAGACAAGCUGCGGAUCCCCCCAUUACGCCUGCCCCGAGGUGAUCCGGGGUGAGAAAUACGACGGCCGGAAGGCGGACGUGUGGAGCUGUGGCGUGAUCCUGUUCGCCUUGUUGGUGGGGGCGCUGCCCUUUGACGACGACAACCUACGGCAGCUGCUGGAGAAAGUCAAGCGUGGCGUCUUCCACAUGCCCCACUUCAUCCCGCCGGACUGCCAGAGUCUGCUCCGCGGCAUGAUCGAGGUGGACGCAGCGCGGCGCCUUACGCUAGAGCACAUUCAGAAACACAUAUGGUAUAUAGGGGGCAAGAAUGAACCUGAACCAGAGCAGCCGGUCCCUCGCAAGGUGCAGAUCCGCUCUCUGCCUAGCCUCGAGGACCUGGACCCUGAUGUGCUGGACAGCAUGCACUCGCUGGGCUGCUUCCGAGACCGUAACAAGCUGCUGCAGGACCUCUUGUCUGAGGAGGAGAACCAGGAGAAAAUGAUCUACUUCCUCCUCCUUGACCGGAAGGAGCGGUAUCCGAGCCAUGAGGAUGAGGACCUGCCCCCCAGGAAUGAAAUAGAUCCCCCCCGGAAGCGUGUGGACUCCCCCAUGCUGAACCGGCAUGGCAAGCGACGGCCAGAACGCAAGUCCAUGGAAGUGCUCAGCGUGACAGACGGUGGCUCCCCGGUGCCUGCUAGGAGAGCUAUCGAGAUGGCCCAGCAUGGCCAGAGGUCUCGGUCCAUCAGUGGCGCGUCCUCGGGCCUCUCCACAAGUCCACUCAGCAGUCCCCGGGUGACCCCUCACCCCUCUCCGAGGGGCAGUCCCCUCCCAACCCCCAAGGGGACGCCAGUCCACACGCCAAAGGAGAGCCCGGCGGGCACGCCCACCCCCACGCCGCCUUCCAGCCCCAGCGUCGGGGGCGUGCCCUGGAGAACGCGACUCAACUCCAUUAAGAACAGCUUCCUGGGCUCCCCACGCUUCCACCGCCGGAAACUACAAGUCCCGACGCCAGAGGAGAUGUCCAACCUGACCCCAGAGUCGUCCCCAGAGCUGGCCAAGAAGUCAUGGUUUGGGAACUUCAUCAACCUGGAGAAAGAAGAGCAGAUCUUCGUGGUCAUCAAGGACAAACCAUUGAGUUCCAUCAAGGCCGACAUUGUGCACGCCUUCCUCUCGAUCCCCAGCCUCAGCCACAGCGUCAUCUCCCAGACGAGCUUCCGGGCGGAAUACAAGUCGACCGGGGGUCCAGCUGUGUUCCAGAAGCCCGUCAAGUUCCAGGUGGACGUCACCUACACCGAGGGCGGGGAGGCGCAGAAGGAGAACGGCAUCUAUUCUGUUACCUUCACACUCUUGUCAGGCCCCAGUCGGCGCUUCAAGAGAGUGGUGGAGACCAUCCAGGCCCAGCUGCUAAGCACACACGACCAACCGUCUGUCCAGCAACUGUCAGACAACACUCAUUGUAUGGAAAUGCUGACGGGGAGGCUUUCCAAGUGUGGCAGCCCAUUGGGUAACUUCUUUGACGUAAUUAAACAACUUUUUUCAGACGAGGAGAACGGGCAGGCGGCCCAGGCCCCCAGCACGCCCGCCAAGCACGGUGCCCCUGGCCCGCUCGGCGACUCGGCGGCCGCUGGCCCCGGCCCCACAGGAGACGCCGAGCACCCGACGGGCAAGGACGCGGCCAGGACGGGGCUACCUGCCGCCCGCCUCGAGCAACCCUAG